AAAUACCCAUCCACCAGGAUGUCCUAGAUAUUUACCAAAGCAUUACAUUUAUAAGAUUUUAGAGCCUAAGACUGUAAGGUGAAAGCCAUGGGAUCAUCAAGCCUAAUCUCUUUCUUCUGCACCAUGGCUCUUGUCAUGGCACAUGCCACCCUUGCCCAAAACUCCCCCGACGACUUCGUAAAUGCCCACAACGCCGCCCGGGAGGCUGUUGGCGUUGGCCCGGUGUCAUGGGACACAACAGUGGCGUCCUACGCCGAGGACUAUGCCAAUCAACGCAAGGGUGAUUGUCAGCUGAUUCACUCGGAUGCCAGCUCCCACGGCUAUGGGGAGAACCUCUUCUGGGGUGGUGGACCGGACCACACAGCCAAGAACGCCGUGGACCUGUGGGUGGGGGAGCAGCAGUACUAUGACUAUGGUAGCAACUCUUGCUCAGCCCCGCAAGGCCAAUCGUGCGGGCACUACACUCAGGUGGUGUGGAAAGACUCCACCAGCAUCGGUUGCGCUCGGGUGCAGUGUGAUAGCGGCGACACCUUCAUUACUUGCAACUAUUCCCCAGCGGGCAACAUCGAUGGGCAGCGUCCCUACUGAAAGAGCGCUCUCCUCAGAGUGCCACCAGAAGUUGUAUGAUAUAUACUAUAUAUACAAUAAGGCCUGGUGUGAAGGCGUUUGAGAUUGAAGAACUGGAAGUUGCUGCAGGAAUAACUAAGUGAAACAAUAAAAAUUAUUGCAGGGGGCGAUGCAAAAUGUUGUGUUUUUUUUUUUUGAUGAAGUGGGAGGUAUAUAUACCACCCCUAUUUCAUGAGUGACAAAAUAUUUACAGGGGAUGGUGCGUCAAGCUGAGGAAGUUUGACACCAAGCCCGAUGGUGUAGAGUGAUAAGUUCAAUUACAGGGAUGUGUUUUCAGGUUUUGCAAUUAACAGAUUCCUGGAUACAGGUUUUGGAUGCUGUGGCAGACUUAGAGACUCAGUUACAGGCUCUCCUAUUUUCAGAUCAGGCUUUCCAGAUUUCAGCUUGUAUUUGAUGUAGCAAUGUUGUUUGUAUUUGAUGUAGCAGUAUGUAUUGAGUACCAGUUUAUGAGGAA